UAAUUUUUUUAAGAGGGUGAAAAGAGACUGAAACACUGGUUCAUGCUGCUCGUAUGGCUUAUAGAGAGAAAGAAUAGCGCUCAAAUGAGUCAUAAUGACAGCUCUUUUCUCGAGCACUUGCUUUGUUCGGGACUUAAGUGGGCGAUGAUAAUCAUGAGUGUGUGGGACGAGGAGCUUUCAUACCACCUCUGUGUGCCAUCUUGGACACCUUUUCAUUUGGAGGAGAGGGGGAGUGAUUGCUAUCCACUAUAGAGGAGAAAUAAGGUUCCUCACCUCUCAGAGAAAGCAGGGGUUACCUAAAUCCUCUGCUUUCUCUCUCCCACUCUCUCCUUCCUGCUCCUGGCUCACUGAGGAAAGCACUGAGACAUGUUCUUUAAAGCUUAUCCGAAAAAAGAGAGGCAUGGGCAUGGAGAUCUCACUGGAGAAAUUCAAGAAGGAAUGAAACACUGAAUGUGAUGUGUGAAUGUGAUGUGAGAAGCCAGCGUUGCCACAGUAACACCUUUGUGGAGGAGUGCAAGUCCGGCCCACUUCACUCACACACAAACAGUGUGUGAGGCUCCAGCCCCUGACACACACUCCCUCUCGUCUACAGGAAGGGGCACUCUGAACACUGAUGAGUGUGUGAGAAAGAGGGAAAAUAAAGAUCAACUCUGCGCUCUGUUCUCUUACUUGGGAUACACACAUGGACACACACACACGCACGCACACAUGCACAUCUCAGCAUGCUGAACCUGGAGAGUCUCAAGUCACUGAUUUUGUAGUCUCAUUUUUAUUCUCUGUCUCGACGCUCUUUGGACACCAUCUUUCUGAUCUCACACGUGGCUGGAUGUAAAAGACCUCACACACACCUCACUGAUGAACAGACUGUCAGGAUACCUCCCGGGUCUUGCUGUGGAAGCUGGAGUAGUGUGUCCAGGAACUGAUUCCUUUCGUCUUUUAAUUUUAAAUCUCUCCGAGAUGCCAUGAUGCACCUAUACCGCACUAUGAACCCCAUCAAGAAGCCCGCUGGAGCCCGUGCUGAGGAAAUUAUCUGGCCUGAGCAGUGGUGAUAGGGAGACGCAGAGCGAAGACGGGGGCCGCGCCGCAAGGUGAAAAGAAAAAAGACAGAAAGAAAAGGGGAAGGACGCCAAAGACAUCAUGCCCUCAUCCACUAUGCAGAUCUUCGCCUUCAUCCUGGCGCUGCUCGGGGUUCUGGGUGCCACCAUGGCCACGUUGCUGCCCAACUGGAAAGUGAGCGUCGCCAUGGGUUCCAACAUCAUGACGGCAAUCUCGCAGAUGCAGGGCCUCUGGAUGGACUGCACCUGGUACAGCACGGGCAUCUUCAGCUGCACGCUCAAGUACUCCGUACUGGCACUGCCUGCUUACCUUCAGACUGCCCGCACCACCAUGGUCCUCUCCUGCCUGCUGGCAACACUCGGGCUCUGGCUGGCAGCCCUGGGGCUUAAAUGCACUCACUGGGGUGGUAGUCAAAGCUCCAAGGUACAAACUGCGAUUGCUGCAGGAACAUGCUUUGUCCUUGCAGGCUUUCUGUGCCUUGUACCUGCAUCCUGGUUCACCAAUGAAGUCAUCACCACCUUUAUGGACUCCAAAGUACCCCAGAGUGGAAAGUAUGAGCCAGGGGGAGCGGUUUACGUGGCGUUUGUGUCGGCCGGGUUUUUCUUAGCCGGAGGUGUCAUUUUUUGUCUGUCGUGCCCCAGAAGAAGGGACGGCGCCACAAAUUGCGGAUUAUCCAACCCUGACAAGUUAAUAAGGCAGGAGCAGCAGAAAAAGGAGCAUAGAGAACAACAGAGCCAGACGGAGCCACCGGAGCCGGAGCUGGAACAAAAAGAGAAACCGGUGCAGGAGAAACUCCAGAUGGAACAGCAGCAGCACCAGCAGCAGUACUACUCCCCAUCUCGCAAGCGACCUCAGGACACCAAGGCCCUUUACAGCCUGCAGGACUACGUCUAAAAUCCAGAACAGUCUCAGGGAACGAGGCUCAGGAUUUACACUCGGCUGUCAGAAGCGAUGAGAGAAGGAAAGAGGGAGGAGUGAUGACGCCGUCGACGCUUUUCUCCCCCUUUCAUCAGUUCUUUCAUGUACUGUGACCGUUAUCGUAAGUGGUCGCGUUUCCAGAAUCUUAGCAAGAACUGUGUAUCCUCAGGUGAAACGCGCUGCCACAAUGAACAUUAAAAGGAGGCAUGAAAAAGUUCUGUGUUUGGGUUGUUAGAGAUAAUGCUGCUACAUGCCAAAGCUUUGAACUCAAGUCUGCAUGUGACUGAUGAAAACAUGUCCAAAUAAGCUUUAAUUCAAAUAAGCUAUUCUUGCUGUUUAUAGCUUGGUAUCAUUGCAGAAUACUUAGCAAAUAUGAGAAAACACAUCGCCCAAAAGCAUGUUACACCAUUUAGACAUGGUGUGUAUGGCAGAAUAAAAGUCUAAACUCCAGCGUAGAGACAGUACAAUGUCCUGUCCGUAUUUUCUAAAGAGUCUGGUGGAGGUGAAACAUAUUGAAGCGCACAUCAUCUGAGGUAAUGAUGCUCUUUGCUUUCCCAUUAGCUUCGCUCCGGAUGGGUGCACACUGCUCAUUUAUUGCACGUAAGCACAGAUGCGAGUGUGCGUUUGCGUGAGUGUGUGUGUGUGUGUGUGUGUGUGUGCGCGCAAUCGAGCUCUCCUCCUCCUCCACAGACACACACACUCUUGCUGCGGGGGGUAAUGGGGUCUUGCACCCAAUCAUUUUUACCGUGUGUGACCGCCUGUCAUUGGUGCAGGAAAUGCAGCAGAGGCUGUUCUGAGGGACGCUGACAUUGCUGUGGCGUGUUCUGUCCCUCAUGGACUGGAGAGAAACGAGUCCCUUCGGCCACAUUUGAACCCUUUAAUAGGUUUGGCAAAACAUUCCUCACCAUAGGUCACAGAGAGAAAGGGUGUAUUUUUAGAAUAUAGCCUAAAGAAACACUAUAAGAGCUAGAAGAGGUUCACCUACAGAAAAGGACUUGAUUUAUUAUGUUUAGAGACAUUUGUUGUCGAUUGGCCAAGACAUGUUUAGUGUAUGUUUGUGUCUAUAGAUUUGUCUACAAGGAUAAGGUAGCUAACAAAGUAAAGGAAGUCUCAUCUCAUGUAAAAUAUUUUUUGUAAAUCUCAUCCUUGCUCAGACAUCCUUGCUGAUGUGACUCGCUGUAAUCUAUAAGCAUGAAAUGUGUAGAAGAAUGCUGGAAUGUUAUGUGGUAGCCAUCUUGAAAAAACAAAAAAUUACGUAUUUCUAAAAAGUGAUGCAGAUGAUAAUGUAGUUCCACCUUAAAUUUAAAGUAGUGAAUAUGGAUUCUCCUUGCUAUUUAAAUAAAUAUUUUAAAAAUGAGAUUAUGUAGAUUUAUAAUGUUUUUUGAAGUGAGUAUUUGAAGAUUUGGAAAUGUAUUAUGGAAAGUAUUUGGAUAAGCCAGACUUCCAUUACUUGUUUUGGCAACCUUGGCCUCAUAGCUCCAGUGCAAAGAUAAAGAAGCAAACUCAACGCAAAAAAUGUCUUGUCUGAUCAAUUUCAUUAGAUUUGAGGUGAGGAGGAAGCUGUGUAAAUUAUAUUUUGGCCAAAUUGUUUAGCUAAAGUAAUGAUCUAACAUCCAUGCUGUUCAGUCUCGUCUCGCAUUUAACCUUUAAGUAUUUAACCAAGCCAUGUCUCAUACAGACAGCAAGAAUUUAUUUUUAUUAUAUACCACUGUGCUGUUGAGUUCUCCACUCUUGUUGUACUCUCCAGUAUCAGCUGUUUGUAACAUUUCUUUUUCCAAUAUGGUGAAAAAAAAUCAUCAGGACGGAGUGUUUUGCUCUUUUUGGCUUCUCCAUAAUAAGUUGCAAUUUUUUUCUUAUUAAUUUCGAGAGUGUGAAAAGAAAAGCUGGUAAAGGAAUGACUGUUUAUAGCUGCUAUAACAUAAGUGAUAACAGGAACUAACUUGUUUCAUGGACGUUCCACAACAUUAAACGUAACUAUCAUUGGAUAAAAGAGUAUGCCUUCUUCUUUAAAAAAUAAAAAAAAUUGUACUUGUUUCCAAAUUGCUGUGGUAUUAUCUGCUGAUGGAAUUUCUCAAGCUUGUCUUCAUUUAUUAUGCGACUCAUUUAUGUAAUGCUGUUUGGCACACGGUUUGUAGUGCUGUUCACUUUUGCAAGCAUACCUGCUUCACAUUUUGAUAAAAAAAGAAACAAUAAAAGCAGAAAAACCUCUUGUUUAUGGAGGAGUUUGACUUUUUAGUGUGAUUAAGACACGUCUAUGAAGGGACAGCAGUUCAUAGAACUUGAGUUGAGACUGAAUUGUGUCCUUUGUCCUCUGGCUUCAUUCUGCAUGUGGGCAUAAAAUAAAAUGAUGCCUAACAGCAAACCACAGAGUGUUCAUCAUAAAUUAAAUCCUCCAGGCAGAUAUUUUAAUAGCAGUCAAUGUUUUAUUAAAGUUUUUUCUUCCUUUGCUUGAUUUUUUUUUUAAUGAUCAUUUCACAGUUCAGGGACUGCAUUUAUAAACUCAUUUUCUGUGUAUUAAUAUCUCAGUUUUGCCUGGGUUCUGUGGUUCAACAGCUAGUGUUUUUUCAGUACUGAUUAAAGCACAAGCCUGUAAACUUAUCUUUGUGUUGUGAUUUGUGUUGACUGUUGAAUGAAUGUCAUUGAGGAUAUGAUGAAAGCAAUCAUUAGAAACACUUGAGAAAAAUUGUUUCUAAAGAUUUGCAAUAUAAAAAAAAAUUCAGCACAAAGGAUGCACAUUCAAAAGAAAAUGGAUCAGCAAAGCUGCAGACCUCAGUAACAGGAGUGUGUGUUACGAGGUGCCUCAGUCACGGACGGGGGUCACACCACUCCGUAUGAGGAUCUGUCUCCUCCCUCUGUGAGGCAACGGAGCGGCAAACACACUCCAUUUACACACCUGACUGAUCUCGCCUUAGUGAAGUGACAGGAACCGUUCCUGAUUCAUCCAGCCAUGUUUUACCCACUCCACCCGAGCAGAUCAUCGUCACGCCAGACACUGGAUUUAUACUUUAAUGAUUUUUUACUGAUGAUUUCCCUGCUAAAGGCUGGUGUAGAGAUGAAAAUGUUGUUCGAGUAAAUUGUAUUCUGAAUUUAAAACACAAAGUAAUGGUGCUGUUUCUACACACUAAUAAAAAUGUUCUUUUAACAUUCUUUGUUUUAUUUUUUUUUAGUUCUAGGUCUCUCCAGAGAUUUGACAUGUAAUCUUUUGGCACGGGAAAAAUUUUCUAUGUAGGUAACAAACCGGAGAAGCCUCUAGGAUGUUUUGAGAGAAUGCACUCUUUUAAAAAAUGUGGUUCCUCAAGAGAUCCUAAAAAAAGGUUUUACUAUUAAGGUUUUACUUGGAAUCAUCUGAUUUUUUAUUUAUUUAUUUAAAUUUUUUUUUAAUGAAAAACCCAAAAAGAUCCUUUAAAUUAAAGGAUACACAAAUAAAAGAAACUGAUUCACACAAUCACAUCAUUUCAGUUUCUGCAAAGGCAUUUUAUUAAUUAUUGACAUUUAUCAAAUCCAUCAAAUUUCUAUAUGAGAUAAUAGGGACAUUCAGGACAAAGUUAAUAUAUCUGACAUGGAUCAAUGAGCUAAUUGUAUAAUU